CCUCUUGCACUUGCUGUCCGUCGGUCCUCGUGAUCAUGAAUUGCUUUUCGGUUCUUGAAUAUUCUGAAGAUUUUUUCUCGGUGUUGUCGUGGCUCAAGGCUCAUCGAAAGCGACCCUCUAUUCCUACGUUCUUCCAGAAAGAGGUGGAAUUCGGUCGCAAAAAUUCUGUGGCUGAAGUUGCAAAGUUGUCGGUUGUAGUAGGUUGGUUCUCGUCUAUAGUCAGUGCAGACGGAAGCAAGAUGGCGAUACAAUGAAAUCUUCAAAAUCACAAGAGUUGUAUACUUACUGCACCUUCCAGCCUGCACUGCACAACUUUUGGUUUCUAUCCCACUUUUGAUUUUCCUAAGAUGUAAGUAGCCGUGUAGCCCUCGUUCUCGUUGUAUUCUAUCUUGCCCAGACUAUCUAAGAAGCUGCUUGUCCUGCCGUGUAUUCUUGCGCAAGGGUUACAUUACUGUGACUUCUUCGAUGAUACCGCGUCAUCUCUAGCAGAGGAAGAGGAAGCUAGCACGCAAUCUUUGAAACUUCUGCAGGUUCUUGCUAGUUUGUUACCCGCAACGGGGCGGCGCUGACAGAGCAACUCGGAAAUGGUCUCAAGAAAGUUACCACGGGGAGCGGGCAUGAGUACCGCGACGAGCUUUCGCCUCGCACCGCUUCAACUUGCCUUUGCCCUUCUGUUUUCAUCUGGAACGAACCACACGUGGGUUUUCUGCCAGCAAAUCGCGAACAACGAUCCUGCUGCUGCUCGUCAAGACGAAGCACGAGUGGCGUUCUUAGCGUCGACGCCGUCAGCAAGAAAUGAUACCGUCCUUGACAAGAGCAGUUUUCCGUUUGCGUUUCUGGAGGAGUUGCAGCACAGCAGCAGCGAACCACUAAUACGACCGGCACCGGCAGCACCUUCCUCAUCCCCUGUCAAUCCCGCCGAAUACGACCGCGUCGUCGUGGACCCCAUGAUGCUGCAAGAAAUACGAAAAAAGCAGCUGGAAAACACGAUCAGGCUGCAAGAUUUGACCAUCAUCGGCAGUCACGACUCUGGCUCGGUGCAGAAAAAGUUCACGCUGUCCAAACUUGCAGUUUUCGGGGCGCAGACUGUCGUGUCAAUUUUUCACCACGGAGCUGGCGAGAACAAGGGUUUUUUAGCCCGGAGAAAAAUUGCUGCGGCCGAAAACUGGGAGACCCAAAAGCUUUCUAUAUUGGGCCAAAUCCAAGCGGGUGCACGGUGGUUUGACUUACGGUUUGAUGAAUUUGAAGGAGCGGAUGAAAAUCAGGGCGGUGGAAAUGGAAAAGAAAUCCGCGCGUACCACGGAGACAGCCUAUGGAGAAUGCCGGGCGUGCCGGCGGAGGAGGUGUUCAAGGAAAUCUGGACGUUCUGCUUUGACAAGUUGUAUACUGAAGAGUCGCAGGACCAGCUUCUCAUCCUGAAUUUGAAAAGUACCCCUGAAGUCGCUGUGAAACUGUUGAAAAAGUACUUUUCCCCCGGCAGUGGAGAAACUGAAAUCCGCCGCCUCGGUAAUCUACUAGUGUCCAACGACAACUGGAACGCAGUAGAAGGCGCAGAGUGGUCAACAUCUUCUGACCGAGACAAAAACACUCCUUUUCUGGCGAGCUUAACGAUCGCCGAUGUGAAACGCUCGACUGAUGAAAGCGCCGGGAGCCUUGCUACAACAAGUUCAUCGCAACACUCCUCGCCGCCGCGCAUCAUCCUCUAUCAAGCAGAAAAGUGCAACACCCAUACUUUAAUGGACUAUAAUGGGCGCCGUGCUGUUUUUUACCGCUGGCUCUUCAGAUUCAGCAUGACACUUCUUUUCUGCUGCACCUUUCUCAUUCUCGUUCGCAUUACCUUCUGUCUUGUUUCUCAUGGUAGAGCUAGAGAUUUGCCCUAAUUCUUGUGGCUCGGUAUGACGAAGCUUCCUGUGACAGAAAACAAACCGCGCCAUCUUAUCUUUCCUUGUAUGGGUCGUUUAUUUUUCCGUAGGAUAUCCGCACCUACAAGAAUGACAAGGACAAGACGAAAAGAGGCUUUGAGAAGCUGAAAGACAUGUUGAAAGCGGAGAGAGAAGCGGGACACUACUUCGCGAACAGAGUGUUUGACGUCUCGAAAGAGUUCCAGGGCAGCUACAGUGCGUCCGCACAGAUUUCAAAAGUGAUGGAGGACCAAACAAAAAAGUUUCAAACGUUUCUGCACGAGAACGAGCGCAACAUCAAGGAUCGGUGGGACUUAUUUGUUGGGAUGAUGCGGACUCAUCAUCGCCCGGGCAAGGCACGACCCAAUCCAAAAAUGCGCCAGCGGAAUCGUAAACGAGACGAGCGGCUGCGUAGCAUUCAGCAGCCGUUUUUCAAAACUUACUUCACUUUCACUGGCAAGAUGGGGAACAAUCCGGUGUCUACGAUGCUCAAGGAGAACACAGAGUGGUAUGAGAAGCAGAAUGGCUAUCACAGGAAAACCCCUUCCUAUAUGAGUAUGACAUGGCUGAAAACCUGGUGUGAUUUUGUACUGUUUAAUGGUGCACGAUUACGAUUUGGGACACGGUUUCGUCAUUCACAUGCCCCAGGAGCCCCAUACUAGAGUAUUGUGUAUGAAUGCCAUGGCUCAGGGUCAGGUGGGACUGUUCACGUUUCGGCUCUUGUUCAGGACUGUUGACGUUUUGUCAAGUUUUUGUGUUGGCCAGCACGCAUGUGAGAAAGCUGAAAUCAAAAUUACACCAGUUGAGGCCAGGUCAGCGUCUUAUUCCUUGGAUGAUCCUGGAAAAGCUUGGUGGUUCGUGCUAUGGGGGAACAUGAAGACCAUGUCGAGCAAAACCUUCGGACAAUCCCCCAGCGCCACCCACGAGAACCGACAAGCAGAUCAACCACCCUUCAUGCCCAACAUCCUCGUCAUCGACUUCAUCGGCAACGAACACUUCUGGCGCUCGAAAAUUGUCCCCAACCUAUCCAUUGUCCAGGUCGCGCAGUUGCGGAACAGGAAAAUUAUCGAGAAAUUUUCAUCGGCUGGAAAAGGACAGGCAGUACCGGACGAUGAGGAUGAUCAGUAUUCUGACAGCACGGAGAACGCCGAGGAGGAAACCGGUCCUGCAUCUGCACCUACCACAGAUGAAACUGCCAAAUUAGGACAGAAGCAGCACUUUUUUUCACAGGCCUGGAACGCCAUGGCGACAAUUUUUUGGGCGGGGGGUUUGGGAAUACAUCUUUAAGCCGGUUUUUUUUCCCCAGAGCCUGGUGAGCCAGAGCCACUGCCGCUAGGUAUAAUAAUUCCACCGUGAUUUCUUCUGUUGAUGCGCUGAACAAAAUCAAAAAAGCUGCGCAAUAAUUUAUUUUCUCAGUGUAUUUUAUCCACAUCAUGACCAUAUUGCAUUUGCAAUAAACAUAUUUUUACAGUACUAACAAACCUGCACUCAAUUUUUUUACUCACAUCAAGCUCUAGUAGGACAUACAAAAGUUAAGUUUCUCGGCAAAGGUAAUUUGCUUUUCGUCGUUUUAGUUUGUUGAAAAAAUGAUCAAAAAUUACCAUGGCGCGAUCGUGAGCUGCACUUGUUUGUUUUGACGCAGGAUGAUGUCGUGUGUUGGAUCGAUGAAAAUCCUCACGACAAAAGUUGGGAGUUGUAGUUUAUUCCGACGUUUUAUUCAUGCACCUAUCGUGGUCACGGAGCAGAAGCAGAAAACGUUUUGUUUAUGUAUCACGAUUUACAUACAUAGAUUGUUACUCUGCUCUUACUGGUGCUGCGAGACUGCCACAUGUAAACAUCCUUAUUUUUCGAUGAAAAUAAACAAAAAGUACAUAAAUCUGAUGAUCGAAAUAAAUGGAGCAGAACGUUCUAGGAAUCGUCCAUUUGACGAAAACCGAAAAAGUUUGUGUUUGCUAAAACGCCUGCUUCUCUGAGAGAUUGAAACUCCUUGCAGAGCAGAUGGCCGUCUGUGGCAAGAAUUUGUUGCCCUCCGAAAGAAUCAAAUCGUGAUGCGAAUAAAUCGAUCAGAG